AUGGAGCGCGAUUACACGCGCAUUCACGGAAAUGCUGGACAAAUAGGGCCUGGUUUCCAAAAGGCUAGUGACCAGUUAAAAAAAAUAAAAUCGUCCAGCUGUAGCACUCUUUCGGUGCCUAGCUGCCAUGCCAUCCAAAGGAAGCACGAGGGCUGGGAUACUGCCCGGUUGCCCAAGCCUAGACAGGGACCGGUUAAGCCGACGAAGAUGCAUUUUGACGUUUCCAGUCAACGGAAGUUGGUACAAUCAUCCUCUGGGAAAGACAUCAUCAUUAACGGAGUUUUCGGCCCAUGGCGUGACUACUCUACCAUCGAUUACGAUUCUCGGUGGGGAGCGGUACUUAAGGUACCACGGAAGUUUUCCUUGAAACGAUCUCAUUUUAAAUCUAGAAGUCUGCGCAAAAUGCCUAGAAGAGAAGUCGCCCCGUUAGGAAGCAGGAAGCAGCAAGAAGGAAGCACGAGGGCUGGGAUACUGCCAGGUUGCCCAAGCCUAGACAGGGGAAGUCCAGAGGCGGAGGUCGGAUUCGAACCACGGACCUUCCGGCCACUCGAGACGGCUCAGUGGUUAAGGCGCCAACUUACUGACCGGAAGGUCCGUGGUUCGAACCAAACCUCUGCAUCUCGACUGCUGCUGUGCGGACUUGGUAUCUCGGCCCUCACGAUUCCUUUGAGUGGCAUCGCAGAUAGACUCCGAAUGGGUGGCACAGUUGGACCACCAUCCCGUCAGCGAUCAUCAGCGGUCAUUUUUUCACACAGAACCAGUAGGGUUAAAUCAGCUCACUAG